CCUCCUUUUGAGCUCUGCUAUGGUUUCCAUUUGGUCUGCAGCUGUUUCUACUAAGAAGUGUCUUACUUUCUUCUCCCCUGCUUCCGUUUAAUCAGCUCCCUUUCCUCGACUCGUCGGUUAAAGCGUUUUAAAGAUAAUUUACUUUUCAUCGUUGUCUGUCGUCCUGGUUUCAUUCUGGCGGGCUUUAGUGUUAGCUUGUUGCUCUGUUAGCUUGUUUGGUGCGUAAACAGUGAUGAACGAGUUUUUCUUCUUGAGUUUUUCGGUUGCUUGUUAAACCGGAGGUCCUGAUUUUAAAAUGACAAGUGAAAAAAACGACACGAACGCGGGAAAUGAAGGGGAAGGCAGUCCUAAAUCAGAGGCGAACGAGCACGACUAUGCCCACAGUGCUGCUGGUAACUCUUCUACAGACCCGACCUCCUCCGGUACACCUGCAGCUGAUGGCACAGUCAUCACCACACAGGUAGAGCUUCCUGAACCAGCUGUUGGUGCAGAGGUGGACUGUCCAGGAGGACAUGAAGUGGAAGCUCCCUCUCAGUCGGAGACAACAGGCGACCCUCAAAAGACACCAGCUUUUCAGCUGGAGAGUGCCAUCCCUAUCAGUACACCUCCGGGCGGCAACCGGCGCCGAAACUCCGUCCGGCGUCCGGAGGACAGGAACUGUUGUGCCUGCAAGUGUGAGUUUGAGCGGCAGGGCCGUAGCUUCAACCGGAGAGCAGUGUACACCUUUACCACACCGGACACCGUUUCCUGGGUUUUCCCUGGCGUCACCGUAAAUGAUAAGUCCUUCCUGUGUGAGACCUGCGCUCAGAUCAUCAGGACCAAAUGCAAGCGCAAACAGAACUCAAAGAGAUCACUGUGGCUGAAACCUCCUGUCACACAACAGUCAAAACUGAAAGACAAGAAGAAGAAUGACCGCAGGAUGGGGAAGAAGAGCAAAGCAGCGCUGCUGGUGAGCAAAUCCUGCUACAAGGCAGCUCUAAAGAUGCUUUGGUCUGCUAAAGGAGCCCGUAAACCCAUGCUAGAGUUCUGGAGAAAACAGCUGAAAGAGGAGAUGAAGGCAAUGACACGAAACACUGACAGUCCAUUUCAGGAGAAGGUGUCGACCAAGAGGCCACUGUCAUCCUUUCCCUGGCGUCGCUGUCUGGACUGGGCCCAGGAAAAAGCUCCACUCGUCUUCACUUGCCUCACCUCUCUGUUUCCUGACAUCAAUGCCCUCUCCAAGAGCGGACAUCAGCUGUCAGAGGAGCAGGCUCAGACACUGCUGGAGCGAAGGACUGUGGUGGCGCUCUCCAUCCCGCUCUUCACUAGGAACGUCUGGAAGAACAACUUCCUGCAGGCAGCUCUGGGGGCGGAACUGCGCCUACAGGGCUGCACAAGCUCCGCUCUUGAAGCCCUAAACACCAUGGGACUGUGUCAAAACAAAGACACCGUCAGGCUGCUGCUGCAUCGCCUCCGAAACAGCAAGAAGACUUCACAGAACGGAGGACGCCUAAAGAUAAAACAAAUGCAGAUGAAAGGAGAACAGAUGGCCGAUGUGGAAGAGGAAGAUAUCGAGGAGGAUGAGGAAGAGGAGGAGGAGGAUGAAGAAGAUGACGAGGAUGAAGAUGAGGAUGUAGAGGAGGAAGAAGAGCAGGAAAUUGAGAUGCAAGUAGAAGAAGAAGUGGAAGAGGCUGAAGUGCAGGACGAAGUGCCGAUGGAGGAAGAGGAGGACCAGUCAGCAGCAGAGGAGGAGAAAAAGAGAAGGAGGAAGAAGGCGAAGAAGCAGAAGAAGGAGGAGAAGAGGAAGGAGAGAGGCAAACGAAAGGCUAAGGAGAGACGGGAGGAGGAGCAGCAGGAGGAGGCAGAGGAGGACGAUGAUGAAGGGUCGGAGCAGAAGAAGAGGAGGGUGGUGGUGGUGAGGCUCGGCCUGCUGAAGGGACACUCAGAGGUCGGACGGUCUGACCUAUCAGCUCCCUGAGACUGGAAGCUCCGCCCAGGAAAUCAAUGAGCCCCAUUAUAAUCAGAGACAGAGGGAGGAACUGAAAGGCAUUCUGGGAGAUGGAGAAACGUAAUAAUUGUCGAGAGAAAUAAAAAGAGCUUUACUUUUUGUUUAUUUUGAUCUUAUAAAUAUAUGAACCAGGUGAGGUAAUAUAAGCUCUGAAAUGACUCCAAAAUGCAACAUUUCUGCAGUGAAACCAAUAAAACAACAACAGAUCACUGAUCCAUCAUUAUCUGCAUUGUUUUACUGAUGCCAGUAUUGAUCAUGUUUGCUGGAUCCUUCAGCCUCUUCUUUUGUUCCUCCUUUAUUACACGAUGGUAGCAGAUCUUUAACUACAUUUUUGUUUGGCUUUUUUUUUUUACAUACCUGACAAGUAUAGAGAAAUUUUUGCAAAAGGAAAUUUUGAUGCUGUUCAAAUCAGGACAGUCUUUAUUAUUUUAAUGAUCAAUUGUGUUUAAACAAACCAAAGCUUUUUAAAAUAUUAAAACCUCCUUGGCUUCAGUUGUAAUUUUCACAAAAAGCUGCCCCAAGAGAAGGCAGCGGUUCACCCUGAUUCACAGGCUAAAAAACGUGUUUGCAAAAAAAAAAAAAAUUGUUUGCAGAAAGUGCAUUUAUUUAUUUAUCUUACAGAGCAGUGUUCUGGUUGAUAUUAAAGCAAACAGAAAAAUGAAAAGCACUUUUGUUUUAUAAAAACGGUUGAACACCCACAAAGUAUUAAUCAUGAUUAUCUAAUACUUCUGUCAUGAAUAAUUUCUAAAUUUAGUAUUAAAAACUCAGAAUCAAAUCCUACACAGCUGUGGUUCCUAAGGGAUGUUUGAUGCAAGACAGUGAGCUUUCAAAUUUGUCCAGAAUCUAUGGAAGCCCUUAGUGGACAUUCAUCCACAUAUUUCCUGCUGUUUUCCUGUGAUAGGGUAAAAAUUUUGUGUAAAACCAACUUCUCACUGGAAUAAGAGCGAUGUUUUAGAUCAGGGGUGUCAAACUCAAGGCCUGGGGGCCAAAUCUGGCCCGUGGUGCAGUUAUACCUGGCCCAUCAGAUCAUAUGAUAUUUUCAUUAUAACUGGCCCACCAGUAUGGGGUCUGCA